AUGUCUGCCGUGAGAGUUGCGCCGACGCGGGCAGCCAAAGCCCUCAGCCUCCUCCGCACAGUCCAAUACACCCACCCCCCGUCCUGCCCCUGCCACGGUAAUCCCUCCCAUCACCACCACCACCACCACCAGCCAUCAUCUGGUCUGCUCUCCCACGCCAAACGCAAUCUGCAGCGCAACUAUGCCACGCCCGUCGACCUGUCUCGCCAGAAGGAAUAUGCCUUCGAGAUGGCUGCUUCGUCAAUUCGGUUCGGCCCGGGGGUGACUAAGGAGGUCGGCAUGGAUUUCAAGAACAUGGGCGCGAAGAGGGUGUGUGUGGUGACGGACAGCGUGGUGCGGAAUCUGGAUGCCAUGAAGCAGGUUGUGGAGGGGCUGGAGAGGGAGGGCGUCGAGUUUACCGUUUACGAUCAGUGUCGGGUCGAGCCGAAGGAUAGCUCUGUUAAAGACGCCAUUGACUUUGCAAAGCCGUACGCACCGGACGCGUUCCUGGCGGUGGGCGGUGGAUCGGUCAUCGACACGGCGAAGCUGAUGAAUCUGUACACCUGCUAUCCGAACGCCGAGUUUCUGGACUUUGUCAAUGCGCCGCUCGGAAAGGGACUUCCGAUCGACAAGCCUUUGAAGCCUCUCAUUGCGGUCCCGACCACGGCCGGCACGGGGUCCGAGACGACAGGCACCGCCAUCUUCGACCUGGUGUCGAAGCGUGCGAAGACGGGCAUUGCCCACCGGAAUCUCAAGCCAACGCUAGGCAUAUGUGACCCCCUGAACACGCGUACGAUGCCCUCGGCCGUACACGCAAGCUCCGGCCUGGACGUGCUCUGCCACAGUCUCGAGAGUUGGACGGCCAUCCCGUACUUCGAGCGUAUUCCCCGACCGCAGAAUCCCAUCAACCGACCUGCCUACCAAGGCGCCAACCCCAUCAGCGACAUCUUCUCGCUGCAGGCCCUGCGAAGUACGGUCAAGUAUCUACCCAGGGCUACGAAGGACCCGGAAGAUCACGAGGCUCAGAGUCAGAUGCUCCUAGCUGCGACACUCGCCGGGGUAGGCUUCGGCAACGCGGGCGUGCACUUGUGUCACGGCAUGUCCUACCCCAUCUCCGGGCAGAACCCAGGCUACAGACACAAAGGCUACCAGAUCGACACUCCCAUCAUCCCGCACGGCGUCUCGGUCGCCGUCUCCGCGCCGGCCGUCUUCCGCUUCACGGGCCCCUCUAACCCAGAACGCCACCUGCAAGCCGCCGAAGCGUUCGGUGUCGACGUCUCGAACGUCAAGCAGGAGAGCGCCGGCGAGGUCUUGGGCGAGGCCCUCGAGAGGUUCCUGGCGGAGCUGGGAGACCAGCCCAAGGGGUUGAAGGAUCUCGGAUUCAAGAGGGAGCACCUGGAUGAUCUCGUGGAGGGGACGCUGCCGCAGGCUCGGGUGUUGAUGCUGGCGCCGGGGCUGGCGGAGGAGGUGGGUGAAGAGAGGGAGCAGUUGAGGGAAUUGUUUGAGGAUGCCAUGGAGCACUAG